AGACAAACACAUACAGGGCACGCCAUCUAAUAUGGCACAUAACAACCCCGAAAGCGAGAGCCAACUGUCGCUUCUGGCACCAAAAGGCUCAGAUGGCCAAUCAGCGGAAAAGAUUGCACCAAAGCCAAGGAAGAAGGGGCCGUCAUUUAGAAGGGAUAUACAAGGCUGGUAUGAUGGACGUCGCCAGCCGGAAUGGAGUAACAUCUCCCUGAAUUCGGCGAUUUCCUGGCUCAGCACUCUCGCCAAAGCAUGCAUCCUCUAUGCGGUUAGCGAAAGCCUAGGCCAGCUGAAAUGGGUCUGGUUUGCUCAGCGGAGCCGACCACUGUCUAACCUGGGGGAUUUUGAUUCUGCAAGUCGAGGAGUCCGGGGAAGUGCUCUGCUCUUGUGGGCGUUGAAGGGCCGUCACUUUGCAGUCCUAGGCAGCAUGACGGUCCUCAUGGCAUUGGCCUUCGAGCCGUUCAUCCAAAACUCGGUACAAUACGUUUCUCGCUCCAUCGAGGACCGCUUUCAAGUCUCUUUACUCGGAAAAACAGUGCAGUACAAUACUGUUGGGCCACUGAUGGGAGGGGAUCUCUACUACGUGGAUCCUGUCCUCAAAGCCAACAUCUACAGCUCCCUGACAAACCAAGACUCGACGCGCCCAUGGGCAGUCCCGCAGUACACCUGCCCGACGGGCAACUGUACCUGGGAUGCAAUGGCCAGCUUGGGCUUUGAGUCGCGAUGUACCAACAUUACCUCCUACCUCCAUCGGAACUGCACAUCCUUGAGUGAUACCAACUCCACGAACAAUGCCCUAUAUAACUGUAGCAUAUCUCUCCCCAGCAAUCUGGGCCUCUGGUAUAUUGCCAACGGAGACGCCGCAACAUUGUCAGUGAUUGCACCGGAGUCACCAGAAGUAGGGCUCGGAUACCGGGGAACACCCUUUGAGGUGGUGCAAUACAUCCUCGCCGCGGGAACCAACGCCAACGGCACCGGCGGCAGCGGCAUCUCCUCCACUCUCACCGAGACCAGCCUCUUCACAGCCACUGAGUGCGCCCUGGUGCCUAUCGUACAACUCUUCAACGCCUCGGUCUCACUGAGCGUCUAUCAAGAGAGCCAAAUCGCCAACUGGACCGCCAACGAAACCGAUUGGGCGGGUAUCAGCAUCACGCCGGUUAUCCCCUCAGACACAGGCCCCUUCUCCCCGGAAUUGAAUCAGACAUUUGGAUUUGGAGACGAGGCAUGGGUUGCCACUUCAUAUUAUAUCAAUAACCUCUUCGCCGGGCGGGUAGUGGCCGCAUCAGACUCUUUUGAGUUCAUCUCCGCUGCGAUCACCUACGCGGCCGGCGACACGCUCGAGGCCAUCUUCUACGGCAACUUCACGGCAACCGGCUGCAUGGCUGACGAUCCGCUCACCUGCGCCAUGGGCAACGUGGCGGCUGCGAUGACCAAGACCAUGCGUGAUGACGCGUUCAGCACCGCGGUCGGCUUCGAUAAAGACGAGGAUGUUCACUCCCAGCAGGCUGUCGGACAUACCCACGUCACAGUGUUGUUUGUUGAGAUUCGGUGGGUAUGGUUGGCGUUGCCAGUGGCUGUUUGGCUACUCGGGGCAGUCUCUUGCAUUGGUGCGGCGUGGAAGAGUUACCGGGCAGGAACGCGGCCAUGGAUGACCAGCCCGCUACCACUGGUGCUGAUGGAAAAGUGUUGGCAAGAUAGGGAUAGCAAUGGGGAAGGGAACGGGGUGGAAAUGGCAAACUUGAAGGCCUCCUCACCGGGCCAGGAUCCUGAAACACAUGCCCUUUUGGGAGGAGACGAUUCUCUGAAUGACUAUGAGCACAGAGCUAGGCAAAUCUCCGCUAAACUCGAUAUUGAUAACGGUCGGUUUGCAUUAGUUCGAUAGUCUCUCGUUUCCAGGUUGUUCAAAGAAACCCUGACAUCCCCUUUCCUUUCCACGCCCAUGAUGAUGAAGAUCAGCUUAUCCUUACAUAUAGCUCCUCCAGAAAAUUCUGUAUGAGGACACUGAUAGCUGAUUAGACCAUGCCAUGAUUGUAGUUUAUAUAUAGGGGCAGAAGGUCAUAAUGUUCCAG